CUGCUCGAGACCAGCUGGAGCGCUGCCCAGACCUUGCUCUCGAGACUGGCCGUCCCAUUCUCCCCCACCUCUCCGCUCCGCCCGCCUCGCACGCGCCCCGCCGUGUAUACUGGUGCCAGCGCCAUGGCGGAGGCCCCGGGGGGAGACGGCAGGAAGCGCCCGGCGCCCGACGACCCAGCGCCCGUGGACGGCCUGGCGUACGAGAAGGGGCAGCGCGACUUCUCUGUGAAAGAGGGCGCACAGACCAAGGCGAUCAAGAUGGAUUUCGUGAACGAGCGCAAGGAGUACACAAACGGCGUGGUGGCCCGGAACGCGUGGCGCUCUCACAAGGGGCCGCUCAGUGGUGAGACGGUGCGGAUUCCAGACGUGGAUUCAGGUUAUCCCAAGGGGGUGUUCCCGUCCAAAUGGGAGGAGGGCAAAGCGAUGCCGGCAAGCGUGGAGGCCUUCGAGAUCGGCGAUGGCUUCCCAGACGUCAAUGAGCACAAGAUGAAGUUCGGGGUCAUCAUACCGUCCACCAACACGACGGUGGAGUAUGAUUUCUGGAGCAUGAUCAUGCAGAACAGGGAGGUGUGCAAGGGCAUCGGCUUUCAUAUGUCUGGCAUCCUGAUUGACUCGCCAAAGUUAGCAACGGACGAGGACAUGCUGCACUUCCUGACAAUGUUUCGCAGACAACUGUUCACGACGGUCGACAGGCUCAUGACUGCGGAGCCGCAGUACAUCAUCAUGGGCAUGUCUCUGGAGACCUUCUUCGGCGGCUGGGUGGGCAACCAGGAGUUCAAGGCAGAACUCACGGAGCGCACGGGGCUAAACAUCGCGACCGGCGCGGAAGCCUGCAAGGCAUCCUUGGAGAAGUUUAAUGCAAAGAAGAUUUCCGUGAUCACGCCUUACCAGGACAUUGGCGACAAGAACGUCAUCAAGUUCUUCUCGGAAAUCGGCGUCGAGGUCGUCCGCAUCGCGGGCCUGAAGUGCGGCUCCGCCACCGACAUCGCCCACGUCCCCGAGAGCUGGUGCGAGAAGGUGAUCCGUGGCGGGCUUUCGCAUAGACGCCAUAGUGCAGUGCGGGACGAACCUGUCCAUGGUCGGAUUGGCCGACCGGCUGGAGCACGAGCUCAAGAUUCCGGUGAUCGCCAUCAACGCCGCCUGCCUCUGGUUCGGCCUGCGCGAGGCCGGGCUUGACGUGAGGCUGCAGGGCUGCACCAGGCUGCUGCGCGAGUUCUGAGAGCGACGACGCCGCCGCGGCGGCGCCGCAGGCGCGCCUCGGCCCACUCUGCGCGCCGAGGCGCUGGCUGCGUGCGACCGCGCGGACGCGCAGCCGAGGGGACCACAGCGGGCCGUCCGCGCUGUUUUUCUUAUUGUCCAGGGCGGACAUUCUAUCGAUGCGCACGGGCCUUCGAUAUGUCUCGGCGCCGGCGGAGGCCGAGCAGCAGGAGCAGAGGGCAGCCAGGUUUUCGAUACGCUUCUGCGACUUUCCAGAUCUCCGGCGAUAUGAUCUUUCCUCGGCACGACCGACACGGUUACAACUAAAAUUAUUAGGAAGACCGACAGCAGCCCCUUCUCAUGUUAAAUAGGAUUCUAGCAAGGCGGAGAAGAAGGCGGCGGCUGGGCGGCAAGUACAGAAGGGGCAGAGUGGAGGAUGAUGAUGCUGAUGACCUCUAUUUUCUCCUCUUCCUGUCAAGCGUCUGUAGGCCGUAUUUCAUCAACCCCCUGAAGCCGGUUCCAAAUCCUCUCUAUCCUUGUGUAGCUCCUCAUUUUCCUGCUCCUGCUCAUCUCCAGAUGUGCUUGCGCACAGGAAGCGCUGAGGCAGCAGGGGCUCGUGAAGACGACUCUGCACCUCGUGGCUAGCGGGUGGGAGGAGGACGAGGAGCGCAACUACCUGUGCCCCCCGCCCAUUUAUCAAGAUCGCACCUCUGGACUUGCGCCCAAGCUUGUUAGGAGCUGGUGCGACCAGGAAGGCCGCCUCCAA